UUUUUUGGGCGGGGUUAAUCCAAGGCAAAAGCGCAGUUUCAGCGAUGCACAACUAAUUAAAAUGAGGUUUUCAUUUUAUUUUUACAUUUCAACUGAGUUCUUUUCCUAGUCUCUUGUAGAAACAUGCUCGCGGUUCAAUGCUGUAACGUCGGCCUUACAAGAAGAACAACAACUGCUGAUCCUAAAUCUCAUCUGAACAAUUAAAAAAAUAUCUAAAAUGCAAACAAUUAAAGGUACUUUAUAUAAAGUGGAUGGGAGAGGCAAAGCAAUCAUAACGUAGGAUAUCGAUGUUAUCACACGGAGCGAAUUAUUCAUUUAUCUAUUUAAUUUAUAAGGGCUAUCAGUUAUGAAAGCGCGCUUUCACCCUUUUCCGCUGAUUUGUUUAUUUUAACUCUUUGGCAACCUACGUGUCUGCAUAUAACCGCUACUGGCGAUCAGAGAGCGGACAGACAACGGUUCAAAGUUCAAUUCAGUCCAAACAUGAAGCAGCACAAACCAAAUUCAGACCAAAAGAGAAAAAAAGCCUUAUUUUGAGCGAAAUUGUUGAACUUGAUUCCGCUGCACAAACGUCGCCUGGCUGGUAGCUUCCAGCGUUUCACGGGCUUUCAGAAGUUAAAGUAUAACAGUGGGUGUAAUAAACACGGAUCAGCUGUAUUAUCUGAGUAGGUUAUCGGUUAUGAAAGCGCACUUCCACCCUUUGGCGCUGCGUGCAGUUCACAUGCAUUCGUUUUCUUGCGAAGUGUUAGCUGAUCCGGGUAGCGGCGAUCAGAGCUACUUUUAUUAUAGAUAAUACUGCUCUGUUGUUGAGGAGAAACGUCUUUAAAAUGUGGGACGUAGUGAUCGUCGGCGCUGGAUUAUCAGGUUUAACCUCGGCCAGCCAGCUGCUUAAGAAAGACGCGCAGCUGAAGAUAUUAGUUUUGGAAGGAAAAGACCGAGUGGGCGGGCGAACAGUGAGCCUAACGAUGCCGGCUGCCCACGGAGAGGAUUUGUGGGAUCUCGGAGGCCAGUGGGUGGGCAGCACGCAGACCCACGUGAUGGACCUGAUCCAGGAGCUGGGCCUGGAGGUUUACCCACAGUACGCCGAGGGGAGGAAGGUUCACCACAUGGGGGCGCCAGAGGCCAAGGCCCGCACCUACACCAGCAGUCUCCCCUUCUCUUCUCCGCUGGUGCUUCUGGACACCACCUUCUUUCUGUGGAAGGUGGAACGGCUGUGUAAGACGGUCUGUGUGGAGGAUCCCCUCUCAACCCCCAAUGCCCUGCAGUAUGACAGCAUGACGCUGCACUCAUACAUGGAGCAGCACAUCUGGACCAAAGAGCUGGAGCAGAACAUGGGAAUCUGCAGCAGGACACUUUUUGGCAUGGAGCCCUCGCAGCUCUCCUUCCUGUACUUCCUGAUGUUCGCUGCGGCCGCCGGGGGGGUCCUGCCUUUGCUGGGGACCGAACCCGGGACUGCUCAAGAGUUCAGAGUCAAGGGGGGCACACAGCAGCUGUCAGAGAAACUGGCCGACCAGGUUGGAAGGGAGAACAUCCUCCUGGGUUCUGCAGUGACAGCUAUUGAACAGAGCAGCGGGGUUGUGCGCGUGUGGACAGCCACUCAAAGCUUUGCCUGCAAGGCGGUCAUUGUCACCUGCCCUCCUCAUUUAGCCGCCAAGAUCCACUACUCUCCAGCCCUUCCAACAGAGAGGGAUCGGCUUGCACAGAGCAUGCCCGUGGGUCACCUGAUUAAAUUCAUUGUCACAUACCCCACAGCGUUUUGGCGGGAAAAAGGCUUCUCCGGGGAGGUUGUGGUGCAGGCCUGUGCAGGCUGCCCGUUCAGCGUCACCUUCGACGCCACCAGCCCCGGCGGGAGCCCGGCGCUGGUGGGGUUCAUCGCCGGGGGCCAGGCCUCGGACUGGGGCGCCAGAACGGAGGACGAGAGGAGAGAUUCCGUCAUCCUCAGUCUGCGGAAGUACCUGGGCCCCGAGGCGUCUGCUUUCAUACACUACGGAGAGAAGGAUUGGGCCAGGGAGGAGUUCAGUGGAGGCUGCCCGGUCAACAUCAUGGCUCCUGGGAUGUUAUCCUUCUACCAUCCCAGCCUCCGAAAACCAUGUGGAAGGAUCUUCUGGGCAGGCACAGAGACUGCCACGCUCUGGUGCGGUUACCUGAGUGGGGCGAUCCAGUCUGGUCAGCGGGCAGCACUCGAGGUCCUGGGGUGUCUGUCCCCCGGAUCCCUGUCCCAGCAGCACCUGGAAGCUUCAGAGUCCUCACGAAAGCACCCUGACCCACGCAGGACCUGGCCUGCCCCCCCUGCACCUAACCCAUCCUGCACCCUUCUGGCCAUUGCCACGGUUACACUGGGAGCCGCUCUCCUACUGGCCCGUCCUCAGCCCUUCCGAGUCCUGAUUGGACGGGCCUUGGCUUGUGUGCAGAAGGCUGGCUUUCAGCGAUAAGCCACGUCGAGACAGUGAAGGUCAGAUGUAGGUUGGUUAAACCUACUGGCUGUGUUGUUGUAAUGUACUGCUACCUUUUGAAUUUGUCUCUCUGGAUUAUAAUUUCCAUUGAACAAAACUGAUAUUGUACAUUGAGUGGAUAAGCGAACAGUAUUGAACGAAGGUUUCAGUUAUACACACUGAUGGCCUUAAAUGCAAAUGUCAUUGCUAACUUGAUGGGAAAAUCUUGUGUAAAAUGAAGCCUGUAACUUUGUAAUAUUAAAAUGGAGAAAAGUCAGCAGUUGACCUUACUGAAAACAUAUGGAAAUGUCACCACAUUCAGAAAUAAAACUCAUUUCUGAAUAUAUUUGCCCCAAAAGGGAGUCAUUGUAUUCAUGCCGGCAUUACAUUAUGGUCAGCACAAAUGCUUGCUUUAGGGCUGUAACGUUCCUGCACCUUGCACCAAACCCCCCGUUGAUCUACAGAUCCUUUCUUUCCCCUGGAAAGGAAAUUGCUUUUCACGGGCUCAGGUUUGCCUCGUUAUGUGAGGCACAUGUUCGGCACAAACGUUGGCAGACAUAGCUGUGUGAAAUAGCUUAUCUGUCUAAUCAUACCUUCAUGUUACAGCAGAAAUUGAUGUUUGUUAGGUUAACAUUGCACUUAUUGAUUAGAAAUGGGCCUCUGUGCCUUCUUCUUGAUACCUUUGUAUUCCUGAGAGCAACGCUGAUGUUCUCCACUACUGUUCAGAGCUGUGGAUGAGAGCGCAUGCUGUGUCACUGUAAUGUAAUGUAAUUAUAAUAAACUGAUAAUGCGAUGAAUAAUAA